CGUAAAUAAACGGUCCCUCAAGGAUACAAAGAUGGCCGCGUCCAUGUUCACAAUUUUGUGUAUUUAAAUCUGGUAUUUAUUGGAUAAUUGUACGUCGACAAUGUCGUUUGAGCAGGUUGAAAUCAUGCCUUUUUAAACCUGGCAAUAAUCUCCUUUAUCCUAGUCUAUUGAGCAGUUCGUUGCAACGACUGUCUGCUGUUGCACAUAUGAGUUCAAGAAGAAGAUUUAAACGUGCAUCAGAUACCAAACCAAGUGAAGACAAUGUUGAAAUACAAACAUUACGGAAACCUGGAAUGGCUCAUGACGUAGACCCAAAUGCUAUCCAUCCUGCUGUAGUGAGGUACACUCAGCCAAAGAUGAAACUGAAACUUCAAGGGAUUGACUUAACCAAGUAUACUCAUGUUCCAAUACCAUAUCCCAAAACAGGAGGAAGAAAUUGGCAUGGACAGGUUCAAAACAAGAGAGUUGGUGGUGGUGCCAAACAAAGAAUUAGACUGGUGGAUUACACACGUAAUGCUAUCAGUGAAAAAGAACCACUUGUGGAAAGAGUUCUCUCAGUAGAUUAUGAUCCAUUACGUUCUGCUGAUUUAGCUUUGGUUGCCAGCGGUAACAACAAGAGAUGGAUUAUUGCAAGUGAUAAUAUGAAAAAAGGAGAUAUAAUAAAAUCACAUAUAAAAAUUCCUCAGUAUCCAGUGGCAGCCAAAACUGGAGAUGCACACCCACUGGGCGCGUUACCUGUUGGGGCAGUGGUUCACAACAUUGAAAUGUAUGAGAAAGAAGGUGGAUCAUUUGCUCGUGCAGCAGGAGCAAGUGGCACAAUCAAGCUCAAAGUUAAUGAUAAGGUGACGGUUACGUUACCAUCUGGACGUGAUGUACAGUUAAGCAAGUUCUGUAUGGCCACAUCUGGUAAAGCAUCAAAUAUCGAUCAUUACAAGGAACAUAUUGGUUCUGCUCAGAGAAGUCGUCAUUUUGGAAUUCGGCCAUGUAGUGGUUUAUUCAAGAAAAAGACCGGUUAUCACGGACGUAAAAUGAAGAGAGUGAAGCCUGUGAUUACGUAUGAGAAAAAGACUAGAAAACCUUUACAUGAAAUGUUCGACAGUUAAUAUUUUUCUCUUCAUAGUUUCCAAAAUUUGUUUAUCACAGUUAAAUCCUGUAUGACAGUACUUACCAUUUAAGAAAAAAUGACAUAAACCUGUCAGAGAGUUUCUGUUUUAUUACGCCCCCUUUUGAAGAAAAGGGGGUAUAUUGUUUUACAAAUGUUGAUGAUUUGAUCAGUAUGUUGGUUGGUUGGUUAGGAGACCACUUCAUUUCUGCUCAAUAAUCGUAAACCACUAGACCCACAACUAUAUUACAGAGUAAAUUCACUUUCAUAAAUUUUUUACUCUCUUCCUUCUAAAACAUUGAUCAACUACUUAAAAGAAAUAAACCUGUAUUCUAAGAAUAAUCUUGCUCAUUUUAAAACCUUGCACUUACACUUUUUAUUUAGGUUUAAUAAUCUGAUGUUAACAAUAAUAGUACCUGGAGCACUAUAGCUAGUUAUGUGUAAAUGUGCUGUUAAAUCAAAACAUAGAUCAACAGCUGUCAAACUUCAUAAGAUGACCACUUCAUUGUGAGCAAGACCCCUGAUGUUUUUGGGUGCCCAUGCUUGAAGGUCAAAGUCACGGUGACCUUGAAAUCAAUGUUGAAACCGUUUUCACUCUUAUAAGAAGAGAACCAUAUCACCCUUAGCCUUCAAACAUUCAUAAGAUUGGUCUGAAAGUUUGUUUUAAUGAUAUCAUCAUCCUUUUGAGUAGAAUUCCCCUUUUGUUUUUUUGUGCACCAGUGCAUGAAGAUCUUAGUCAAUGUGGCCUUGAAACUGAGAGACAUUUAACUUAACAUGUAAUUAGAUUUAGAAGUGAAGCUAAAAUAACCAUGAAAAAUUA